GUGAGCAAUUUGUUGAUGUUAGACAUAAACAAGAAUUUACAGACCUACUAAGGCCAGAAUCUUUUGGAAAGAUAUGCCGGUGAAAUCUGCCUUAAGCACUUGGCUGGACAAUGCAUUGUCGGAGGCUUUGGGAUUUCCGGCCACUUCUGAGAUCACAGAAUAUAUCUUGUCAUUUGAGACUGUAGAUGAGCAGGUUGACUACUUGAAAGAGAUUCUUGACCUUUCCAAUUCUGUUCAUGCUCAAAUUAUCGUUGAAUUCCAAUCCCGAAUUGGUCCUCCGGCCCCUCCACAAGGUGGACCGGUGGCCUUGAAGGCUUACAAAAAGGCUGCAGAGCCUGAGGAGUUUAAAGGGACGGGGAAAAAAUCGGCAAAGAACAAAAAUGAUGACAUCGGGAAAGGGCAGAAGGGCAAAACCAAGUAUGUGUCCUUGUACUCCAAAGAUGGUGUGGCCAAGGACAUGAUCAUGCGACAAGGUCGACAUCCCUGCGAAUGUCAAACUUUGAAACAUGCUUUGGUCAACAAUUGCACGGACUGCGGACGAAUUGUCUGCGAACAAGAGGGUUCUGGUCCAUGCAUGUUCUGCGGCAGUUUGGUGUGCACUAAAGAGGAGCAAGAGGUCUUGAAUCGAAACUCCAGGAAAUCCGAUCAGCUCCUGAAGAAACUCUUGACGAAUCCGGUGGAGGAUCAAUCCAAGGCUCUGGCCGAACAGAGGAAAAACCAACUCUUGGAGUACGACAAGAAUAGUGAGAAGAGGACCAAAGUGAUCGAUGAUGAGAGCGACUAUUUCUCCGUGGAUUCCGAUAAAUGGCUUAGUCACGAACAGAGGGACAAACUAAGGAAACGGGAGCAAGAGCUCCGCGAUAAACGCCAUGGGUCUCGUUUAAACAGGAAGAUCACCUUUGACUUUGCAGGACGACGUGUGGUGGAGGAGGACUCCGGCUUGGCGAAUUACGACCCGUCACAAGACAAAAUUGUUCAGGAUAUCAUGAAACUUGGACCCAGCCAAUCCCAUUUCGUCCAGCAGAUUCAGCACAAGACCCUGACCGACGGCGACGGCGUAGUGAAUCCGAACAUCAAAAUACCCAGGCCAAUGUUGGUAGAAACUGACCUAAUCCAGCGGGAAAACCCCCGAAAAAUUGUUCGAGAGACCUUUCUUCCUAAUCGAAUUCAAGAUAAGGAACUGCAAGUGAUGAGUGAUGGUGGGUUUUGUAUGACCAUGCACCAGCCAUACGCUUCCCUGCUGGUUUGUGGGAUCAAAAAGGACGAGGGUCGAACCUGGUACUCUGCCCAUCGGGGACGCUUGUGGAUCCACGCCGCAUCCCGGCCUCCUGCUGAGCAAGAGAUUAACGAAAUCCAUGAUAUGUACAAGAUGUUUCAUGGAGCGUCUCCAAUCACGUUCCCAAGUUCCUAUCCUACGAGUUGUUUAUUGGGCAGUGUUGAUGUGGAUGAAAUUCUGUCGCAAGAAGAUUAUCGCGAUAAAUAUCCCAGAGGUGAAUCCAGUUCCCCGUUUGUGUUCGUUUGCUCGAAUCCACAGGAACUAUUGGUCAAGUUUCCCAUGAGUGGACAACACAAAAUCUAUAAAUUAGACCCGGGCGUGCAUCAAUCGGCCAAGAAGGCGGUGAAGAAGGCGCCUGUGGAAAUCUAAGUCGCAGUGGUUUAUAUUCGAAAUACAUUUACAAGCAUC